UGAGGGGUCUCUGUAGCCGCAAGGCAUAUUUGUGUAUUAAAGGGAUCUUCUUCAGAUUCCUCAAAUUUAUUGAGGUCGUGGUUCGUGAAUGAUUGGAAUGUGAUAUCCUCAGGCCAAUUAGCCUGUGGCUGAAUGAGCCAGUCCGGUCCUCUCCACCACCUUAGGUCGGAACGGAGCUCGGUGGGAGUGGCUCCUCUUGUUGCUGUAUCUGCCGGAUUUUCAUCGGUCCUUACAUAAUGAAAGUGUAUAUCUUCGUGCUUCUUAAUUUCGUUUAGCCUUCUCUGGACGAAGGUUGGUUGAUUUUGCGGUGAUUUGACCCAUGAGAGCGCUAUUUGAGAGUCGCUCCAUAAAUGAACUUGGUCAAUUGGUUUCCCUAUCUCCUUAUUAACGUAAGCCAAUGCUCUUACGCCAAUAAGUAUAGCUAUGAGUUCCAUUCGUGGUAUUGUGAGUGUUUUGCCACCCUUCUUAGGUUUAAGGCGGGUUUUGGCAAAAAUAAGGUUAGAGGAGAAAUAAUUGUUAUGCUCCCCUCUUAUGAAAAUAGCAACAGCAUAAGUGCUUAUAGAAGCGUCAACAAAUGCGUGGAUCUGUAUCUUAUCGUGUGAUUGAAGGACUUUCCUUUGUAGACGAAUCUCCUGAACUUGCCAACCCUGGAGGAAACUCUCCCAAACGGAUUUUUCCUCCAAGGCAAGUGGAGUGUCCCAGUCGUGUUUGUCAUCCCAUAAUUGCUGAAAAAAUAACUUUGCGGGCAAAACAGCUGGACACAAUAGUCCCAAUGGAUCGUAGAUGCCCGCUAAAGUGCUUAAUACUGAACGUCGUGUUGGAUUGGGACUGAUUUGACUACUCGGCCAUUGAAAUCCGAGCUCGUCAUUUUGUAUAUCCCACUGCAUUCCUAGUACCUUAACCUCUGAUUUGUCAAGCCGGUCCUCGACCGGAAUAGCAGAAAUUGUCUCUGGUGAAUUCGAGGUAAAUUCUCGCAAGUUCAUCUUCGCCUCCGAGAAUAUCAUUUUGGCUUGAUUGCACUUCCUAAUUAAUUCUUCUGGAGAACUUGCUCCUAAAUGAAGGUUGUCCACAUAAAGGCUACUUGCUAAUUCAGUAGCAGUCGUCGUGCCGUAUUUCUCUAGAUGGUGACGUAUUACUCCCGCCAGAAGGUAAGGGGAACAAAUAACGCCAAAAGCAACUCUCGCAAAACGAUAAACUUGUAUGUUAUCGGUAGAUGGUGGUUUAACCGGGUCCUUCAGCCAAAGGAAUUUGGCAACUUCCCGGUCUUCUUCGUGUAGGCCUACCAUAAGGAAUGCUGCCUCCAAGUCAGCAAUAGCCACAAAUUUUGGUAGGCGAAAUCUGAGCAACAACCCUACUAGUUCUGGUAGGAGCACAGGGCCACGGAGGAGGCAAUCAU